AUGAUGCACUAUGCUAGCAACCAUGUGACGCAGGUGUCGGGCGAGUGCAGUUACGUGUCUCACUCCAGGGUACAAGGCAGUGUUGUUGCACGAGCCAGAGCAGAAAAUCAUUUAGACUUUCAUGCACAAAAUGGGGUUCAGUAUGUCUCCAGGGGUCAGAGCAACCAGCUGUCUUAUCAGAUGGCACAACCGAAGGGGAAGCAGACCACCAAAAAUAAGAGCUCUAAGUUAAGUGCAUCUGCUGCCACUCUGAGCCCACCACAUCCCACCAGUUCAGAUCUUAACUGGAGUCCACUCCCCAAACGACAUGCUUCAGCUUCAGAAAAUCUCUGUGUUGCUCUUUAUUGUGAUGACGGUUGGGAGGAUGCCGAGGAUCCUGCAGCUGAACCACAGCCCGGUCCUUCGGUUCGGCCACGUUUACCAAGCUGCAGUUCGCCAAAACCCGAACGACCCACUCUCAGGAGCCUCACCUUCGCUGAUGAAAUGCCAGAUAACUUUCCCGAUCACACCUCACUCUCUCCACCUUUGAGUCCUGUUCUACAGCUUCGGCCUUAUACUAAUCCCAGAGACACUCCUACUCACCAUCCCCCUAUUCUUCAAAGCCCAACACGCCGUCUGGCAACUGUUCCGGCUCACGACUUGACGCUUGAAUCACUGCACGACCUGAACUGGCUGCAUGAGAUGGAGCCGGAUGAUCAGGUCAUUCUUGAAGUUCACGUCAUAUGGUCUAUCUUGUCUCUGAUGGUUGUACUCUUAGCAUGCUACACUCUACAUCAUCAACCACUCUCGGGGUGAAAUACAUAAAUAUAACUGGAAAAUUUGCCGUAGCUAAAGUUUUAUACUCAGCAAGUACUAAAACAAAGUUACAUUAUGAUCUCAUGCCCAAGUAUUCUCUUAGUUGGACAUGGCCAGUUAAAACCAAGAUUAUUUUAACUUUACUAGUCUUAAUUAUUCAUUGAAGGUAAUAUAACUGACCAAGAUGACACUGCCCAAAGACUUAAACAGUGUUGUAAAUAACAGUGUGACUUAUUCAUGGUAGAUCAGGUUGAAAAAAAAAAAA